AUGUCCUACAGGCGAUGUGGACGCGUUCAAUGGAACAACAUCAGGAACAUCAUCAAGCAUUAUGACAAGCGGAUGACAUCCGUCAGGCGUGAUCUGGAAUUGCCUAGGCUGCACGUGGAGUAUCUUAAAUAUUACUACGCAGAGAAGGGAAGUGAAGAGGAAUUUAUGGACAAGCAUCUACGUCGCUCCUGUCUCCCAAUCACCGUACUCGACUUUAUUUUCGGACGAAAAUCUUCCGAUGAUAGUCACACAUAUGAUAAAUACUACUUCCUCAAAAAGAGACUUCAAAGGUUAGAGGACGACAAAAAGAAGUGGAUCAAAUGCUACAGCCAGAGAUUCGAGUGCCAUCAUAAAAACCAUAUUGAAUCUUGGCAAGCCCUUCAACGGCUAAACAUCGGCCAUACUUUAAAGGGCGGAUAUUUCAUAAAGAAGCCAGCAUCGAGCUGCUUUCACCUUCGACCCUCUUGCUGUAGACCAAAGAAGGAAGUGGGGUUCAAGACUAUAUCAAGACCAGAAACGAAGCCAAGGAAGAGACAUCCUCCUCAUGAGGAUACAAUUAUUACGAAAGUAAUCAGAGGGAUCGAGAGAGUCAUACGAGCAAUCGAGUAA